GUGUAGACAGAGGGGUAGAUGAACAAACCCCAUCUUUUAAUAUAUCGAUGGACACGUAGAGUAAAAACUAUUAAUAUGAUGGCGAUUACAAAUUUGAAACUAAUUUUUGAAUCGAAAAGUUUGAUUAAGACAAGUUCAAUAAAAUGUUUUGUUAUAAUACUCUAGCUCCAAGCCUCGUGCCAAUAAAAUACUAGCCAUCCAGGGGUAUAAAAAAUCACCCGCAUCCUCCAGAUUAUUCCGAGGAGGAAGAAGAAGAAGAGAAGCGCCUCCUCUCACCGGGCGCGCGAAGCGUAGCGAGGCGCACGCGGCGCGGCGCGGCGGCAGCCAUUCUGCGAUACCGGCUCGGGGGGCUCGCCUCCAGGCCGCCGCAUUUCGGCGGGGUUCCGGGGCGGCCGACGUUGAUGCGGGUGGAGGCCGGGGGCCUCCCGGAGCUGGGGAGCGGCGGCAGGUCGUCGUCGGGGGCGAGGGAACCCGGCUCGGCGCCGCGGCGGCGGCGGCGGCAGCAGCAGCGGAGGGCGGCGAUGGCGGCGCCUCCGCCGCCGCAGCGGCCCGCGGUGCAGGGGCUCUUCGAGGCGUGCCGCGAGGUCUUCGGGGCCUCCGCCGGCGAGGUGCCGUCGCCAGCCGGGGUCGAGAGGAUCAAGUCCGUUCUUGAUAGUAUUUCAGCAGCAGAUGUCAGCCUAACUCCAAACAUGUCAUAUUUCCGGCGUGUUGAUUCCCAUGGCACUCCUAAAAUCACUUAUUUGCACCUUUACGAGUGUGAAGCUUUCUCGAUUGGCAUAUUUUGUUUGCCUCCAAGGGGUGUCAUUCCUCUCCAUAAUCACCCCAACAUGACUGUCUUCAGCAAGCUUCUUUUUGGUGAGCUGUAUGUAAAGUCCUACGAUUGGGUUGAGGCGUCACAAGAUUCAACCGAUGUUCAAUUGCAAGGACUCCGCUUGGCAAAGGUGAAGGUUGAUGGCAUCUUGAAUGCACCUUGUGAAACAUCAGUACUAUAUCCAGAAGAUGGUGGCAACCUGCACUGCUUUACCGCACAAACUGCUUGUGCAAUUCUUGAUGUCCUUGGCCCACCAUAUGACGAUGGCAGUGGGCGGCACUGCCAACACUACAAUGUCUCUUUGUCUUCACCUUCUGCUGGAGAUUCAAGGUCCCUUCCUGGAGGCGAUGGAUAUGCAUGGCUGGAGGAGUGUGAACCACCAGACAAUUUUCAUCUUGUUGGGUCAAAUUAUAUGGGUCCAAGAAUUGUGGACAAUUGAACUUAUACACGCUUGCGAGGAUACCUUGGUUUCUUGCAGCUCAUGUAUAACUUUAUUUGGUGUAAAUACAUCGCUGGGGAAAAGGGGGCCUCCUUUGAUCAUAACUAGUCAACUGUUCAUCGUCACUUUAAGCUGGAGGACCUAAAUUGCUUAGUAAUAAAAACAUGCUUGGUAACCGAGGUUGUGUAGGCCUUUGUUUAUGCUUCUGUCAGAUUCAGUUUUUUUUUUCUUGGUGUCUCUAGUCUGUACCAGUUAGCAAUGUAGCAUUGGAUUUGAUUGAUCCUGCUCAUUCUUGGGCAGUUGGGCCAAAAUAUUGCCUGAUUUAUCGUGUUCCUA